AUGCCACCCAGGCUCAACCUCUUUACAGCGAACAAGGCUGUCUCGGCCCUCCGCCACUCCACCACUCCCGCCCUCUCCUCCCCCCGGAGCAUCGCCAGCCCAGCCCGAUUCCGCGCUGUCCAGUCCGUGCCCCUUCAGCAGCGAUGGAACUCUUCGCGUGAUGGCUCAAAGAAGGUCGAGCCCCAGCCCGAUGAACAGACCUUCCCGACUUCGGACCAGCUGCCCGAUGUUAGCGAGGAAGCUCAUGAGAUCUCGCGCAUUAUGCAGAAGGAGAAGUGGUGCGAUGGUGCCCCCGCUGCCCCCGAAUUGGACCAGGGAACUCCAGUUGAGGAGAUCCUCAGCCGCGAUAAGAACGCUAUGAAGCACAUGCCUAAGGUCAUGCAAGACGAACUCAAGAAGUCUGGUGGCUCUCGCUCAUUCUCGACCUCCGCUCGCAGCCGCAUGCCGGAUGUGCAGAACCUCGAGCCUAACAAUGAAUUUAUCCCCGUCCCCAUUGCUGGACAGGGCAUGCAGGCUAGCGAUGAGGCUACUGCUGCUCUUGCUAGCAUGAUCGAGCAGGUGCAGGAGCAGGCUCUUGAAGAGAACCCCGGCUUGAAGUUCGAUGAGCCCAUUCUGCCUAGCAACAUUCGCACACUGAACUUCCGGAAACGCUACGACACGAUGCAGGACCAGUUCACCAAGAUGAUGAUGGAGAGUGGGAAACUGACCAAGGCGCAAAAGAACAUGUCCAUCGUUCUGGACCAUCUCCGCACCGCCUCUCCUCCCCAGGUGAACCCUCGCCGCCGUCUCCUCGGCGCUCCUCCCGCCUCCCAGCUCCCCCUUGACCCCAUCCUCUACCUCACCCUGAUUGUCGACUCUGUCGCUCCUCUUUUCCGUAUUCGUCAGCAGAAGGGUAUCGCCGGUGGUGGUACUGCCGUGCAGAUCCCCCACCCGCUGACCCUGCGCCAGCGCCGUCGCACCGCUAUCAAGUGGAUCCUCGACCAGUCCGACAAGCGCAAGGAUGCUCUGUUCGCCAACCGUGUUGCAGCCGAGCUGGUUGCCGUCGCUGAGGGUCGUAGCUCUGUUUGGGACAAGAGAGACCAGCAGCACAAGAUUGGUAUCUCUGGUCGUGCCAACCUGGGCGUUCGCGCUCUCGCAGAUCUUCACGUGCCGACCACCCUCCGGCCUCCCACCUCCACGACAGUGGCGCUCAUACGUCCCGACUCCAUCGAACUUGUCGAGUAUAAUCAACCCCUCCAAGACACUCCCACUGCCACCACCACUGCCGCAACCGGACCCGAACGAGCACUUGGACCUGAUCUUGGGCCCACUGCUACAACACAUCGGCCCCCAUACUCCAAUACAAGGCCGUUUGCUCCUGCACUCGACUCGAGAGCGCUUGCGCUAGCUGGUCUUGGGUUAGAGCUUCCCGAGGCUGCGCACGAGAAGAGUUUCGAACUUGAGGAGAGCCAGCGCCGUCCAUCGGGUGGUGUUCGCUUUACUCGGUUGAGAUUUUGGAGUGAGGCUCUUAGGCGUCGUGCUGAGGUUGCUUUGCGGAAGGAAAAACCUACCCAGACUCAUACCGAUACCGAUACCGAUCUCGUCGCCAAGAUGAAGUUUUCACAUAGUGUGCAGUUUAAUGCUGUGCCAGAUUGGAGCUCAAAUUACAUUGCCUAUAGCAAUUUGAAGAAAUUAAUAUAUACCCUUGAGAAGCAGGUCAAUCGCACUGAGGGUCAGUCCACUACUGAUGUCGAGUCUGCACCGCUGCUGGGUGCUCAGACGAGCAACCCAGAUGGGAUCUUCAAGCGGGCUCUUGAUGCUGAAAUGGACAAGAUCUGCACCUUCUAUCAGAAGAAGCAAGUUGAGAUCUUCGAUCUUGCCGAUGAGAUUAUCAAGGAUGCUCAUGUCUAUCUCUCUGAGACGGAUGGUGUCAAUAUGGAUCCCGUCAGUGAGACUAUUAUCAAGGCCAAUUUCCGCCGGAAUGGUAGUCAGCUGCCGCGCCGGAGAUCCAGUGCUGUGAGCAAUGACUCAAUGGCGGAUGAUGAGGGUGAUAGUGAUGAUGAUCGAUCACCGGCGGCGGUUGCCCAACGCCGGCGAAUGGUGCAGUCAACCGAUCUUGAGUCCGGCACAGAUGACCAACACGGCGAUUUGGCGGACUCGACUUACUUUGGCCAGUCGAGUUCACGCGAGCCUCAUGAGACGUGUUUCAACGAUGAUGAUUUCUUGGCUCUAUACAAUGCCGGAAUCUUGCUGAAGAAGCGUCUGAUUGAGGUCUAUGUCUCGCUUUGUGAGCUCCGGUCUUUUAUUGAACUGAACAAAACUGGUUUCUCCAAGGCUUUGAAGAAAUACGACAAGACCCUUGACCGCAACUUGCGCCGUGAUUAUCUGGCAUCUGUUGUCAAUACGGCACCGCCUUUCAUCGAGAGUACCACGACUUCUGUCGAUAGCCAUAUCGAUAGCGUUGAGAGUGUGUACGCCGGGAUUGUCACCAAGGGCAACCAGCAGCUGGCCCGACGCGAGCUGCGUCUGCACCUGCGAGAGCAUGUCGUCUGGGAGCGGAACACCGUCUGGCGUGAGAUGAUUGAAAUCGAACGUCGUGCUCAGGCCGCCAACGUUGGUAUCCGUCGAACACUUCUGGGUGGCGACGAGGAUCCUGCUACUGCUCGGCGACAGGGUGACAAACAGGAGAUUCGCACCCAGGAGAUCAAGACUCCCCUAGGCCGAUUCCAAUUCCCGUCGUGGUUCUGUAGUUUGAGCUUCGGAACGUUGGUCUUGAGUAUUGCUGUCUUUGGCGCGAUGCUCUCGGUGCAGAUUAUGGAGACCCCUGAGCAGCAGAACUGCUUGGCUAUGUUGGUUCUUGUCAGUAUUUUGUGGGCCACCGAGGCUAUCCCGCUGUUCGUCACUUCGCUCUUGAUUCCGUUCCUGGUUGUCACACUUGGUAUCAUGCGGUCAGACGACAAACCUCAUAAGCGUUUGGGACCUAAGGAGUCGGUUGGCAUGGUGUUCUCUGCGAUGUGGACGCCGGUCAUCAUGCUUCUCCUUGGUGGUUUCACUAUCGCAGCAGCACUCUCCAAGUAUGAUAUCGCGCGCCGCAUGGCCAUGUUCGUGCUGAGCAAAGCCGGAUCGAAGCCAUCAGUUGUUCUGCUCACCAACAUGUUUGUGAGUAUGUUCCUGAGCAUGUGGAUCAGUAACGUCGCAUCACCUGUGCUCUGUUACUCCAUCAUCCAGCCCUUGUUGCGUAACAUGCCUCCAGAGUCAGACUUCGCCAAGGCUCUUGUGCUAGGUAUCGCGCUCGCUGCCAAUGUCGGUGGUGCUGCGUCCCCAAUUGCCUCACCACAGAACAUCAUCGCCUUGCAGAACAUGUAUCCCAACAUCAGCUGGGGAACAUGGUUCUUCAUCGCGCUACCCGUCUGCAUCAUCUCAAUUCUGCUCGUUUGGGGCCUGCUCCUGGCAACUUUCAAUAUAGGCCGCAACGCAACAGUCAUCCCUAUCCGCCCUGUCAAGGAUCGCUUCACUGGUAUGCAGUACUUCAUCAGCAUUGUUACUCUCAUGACCAUUGCUCUCUGGUGCGCCAGCCACCAACUCGAACAUAUCUUCGGCGACAUGGGCGUCAUCGCCAUCAUUCCCUUGGUCCUCUUCUUCGGAACUGGAAUUCUCAAUAAAGAGGACUUCAACAACUUCCUCUGGACAAUCAUCAUCCUUGCUGCGGGUGGACUGUGCCUCGGAAAGGCUGUUACAUCGUCAGGCUUGCUGCACACCAUCGCUGGAGGCAUUACCGCCCGCGUCGAGCACCUCAGCCUGUACAGCGUGCUGUUAGUAUUCUGCGCUCUGAUCCUUGUCAUCGCAACCUUUAUCUCGCAUACCGUCGCCGCCCUGAUCAUUCUUCCUCUCGUCCGUCAAAUAGGCGUCAAUAUGGAAAACCCCCACCCGAACCUUUUGGUCAUGGCCAGUGCCUUGAUGUGUUCUGUCGCCAUGGCACUGCCAACCAGUGGUUUCCCCAACAUGACUGCCAUCAUGACCGAAGUCCCCCAAACAGGCCAGCGCUAUCUCCAAGUCCGCCACUUCCUCACCCGCGGUAUCCCAGCAAGUCUCAUGUGCUUCGUAGUCAUCGUCACGCUGGGAUAUGGGUUGAUGUAUGUUGCAGGAUUGUAG